CAUCUCCUAUUCACUACCGAACCCACCCUACCUACUAUUAGUAUACUUCCAUUUCUCCAUCUCAUUUAUGUCUCUUAAUUGAAAUAUAGAAUAUCUCGAUCUCGUCCUUCCUUUCUUAAAUUAAUUGAAAAAUCAUGUAUGUUGCUAUAUAAUGGAAUGAAGUGAAUGAGGAAAAUGAUUUGCUAGAUCAAAAUGCAACAGUAAAGUGCUAUACCAGGCCAGUAAAUUUUAGUCCAAAAGAAAACAUCAUCACUCCACAACCCACCUUAUGACGGUAGCAAUGAUCUUUUCGUCCACAAAUCCGGCAUAAUAUCUGUUGCAUAUUGCGUCCUCUGUGAAGGAGAGAAUGUCGAGUUCACCUUGGAGGAAGUUAGCGACAAUCGUAGGAAGGCCGUGGAAAAUUUACAGCCCCAAAGGAAACCCUAUCAUAGGUUGCGGCGGUGUGAGAGGCGACAGAGGAGGCCUCGGAGGCCAUGGCGGUGGCUAUGGAGGUAGGGGCGGAGGUUGCCAUCUGGUGGCUACGGAGGCAGAGAUGGUGAAAGCUAUGGUGGCAGCUACGGAGGAGGUGGUGGAAGCUAUGGUGGAGGAGGCGGCACCUACGGUUAAUCAGGCGACGGAUGUCGUUGAGGAGGCGGUGGCGGUGGUGGUUGCUUCUCCUGUGGCUAGGAAGGUCACUUUGCUCGUGAAUGCCAAAACAACACCCGUUGAUCUGUUUAUCUAAUGUCUCGGAAAAUGGCAUUGUGAAUAUUCACAUAUCUAAUCUUUGUUUUAUAUUAUCAUGUUUCUCUUUUAAUCAUAAAAAAAUAUUUACGUGUCUAUUUCUUUUAUGUGAGAUACGCAUCGUGCACAUUAUUUCACAUUAUUGCUUUUGAG